CGGGUAGCUAUUUAUGAGAUGCCGUCCCUCCAUCAGUAAACUGACCCGCUUUUAUGACCACGCUACACCUAGUAACAGCUAGUUUAAUUUAAGCACUGUUAUAAAUAUCUUGCUAAGAAAAGAAAAAAAAAACAAAAGAGGCAACUAGCUAGUGUAGAAAAAAGGAAGAGAAAAAAUGGCUUCAAAACCAGGGAUUCUUACAGAAUGGCCAUGGACAUGGCUUGGAAACUACAAGUAUGCGGUGUUGGCACCAUGGGCAGUUCACGCGACAUACACAUACAUGGUGAAGGAUGGUGCGGAGAGGGAUUUGUCGCACGUGAUAAUAUUCCCCUUCUUGCUAACCAGAAUGCUUCACAAUCAAAUAUGGAUAUCUUACUCUCGUUACCGCACGGCCAAGGGAGCUAAUAGGAUUGUCGAUAAGAACAUCGAGUUCGAACAGGUCGACCGGGAAAGAAAUUGGGAUGAUCAGAUAAUAUUGAAUGGGUUGAUGUUCUAUGUGGGGUACUUGUAUUUGGCGAGGGCCCAUCAUCUUCCGUGGUGGAGAACUGAUGGGGUCGUGUGGACCGUGCUGCUGCACACGGGCCCUGUCGAGUUCCUUUACUAUUGGCUGCACCCCGUCGUUCAUCCGUUUGGGGAGCACGUUGCCUACUUCAUACUUUUCGCGAUCCCAUUGCUGACGACGGUGCUGACUGGGAUGGCCUCAUUGGCCUCGUUCGCCGGUUACAUAACGUACAUAGACUUCAUGAACAACAUGGGUCAUUGCAACUUCGAGCACAUUCCCAAGUGGGUCUUCUCCGUUUUUCCUCCCCUCAAGUACCUCAUGUACACCCCUUCAUAUAACAGACCCCAUUAUCACAGGUAUCAUUCCCUGCAUCACACACAAUUCAGAACCAACUACUCUCUAUUCAUGCCGUUAUACGAUUAUAUAUACGGCACCAUGGACAGAUCAUCCGACUCGUUAUACGAGAAUUCGCUCGUCAGGACAGAGGAAUCGCCAGAUGUUGUCCACUUGACUCACCUGACGACCCCCGAAUCCAUAUACCACUUGCGUUUGGGGUUCGCUUACCUGGCAUCCGAGCCUCACAAGUCCAAGUGGUACUUGCGGCUGAUGUGGCCUGUCACAAUCUGGUCAAUGUUGGUCAAUUGGAUGUACGGCCGAACUUUCAUUGUCGAGAGGAACACUUUCAAGCACCUCAAGCUGCAAACUUGGGCCGUCCCCAAAUACACCAUUCAAUAUUACAUGCAAUGGCAGAGAGAGUCGAUCAAUGGAAUGAUCGAAGAUGCGAUUCUAGAAGCUGACAGAAAAGGCACUAAGGUGUUGACACUAGGCCUAUUGAAUCAGGCAAGCCGAUUACUCUUCUUUUUCCGUAUUUGCCCUUUUUCAUUUUCUUCUUACUAUAAUGAAUUCGGGCACGCGCGAUUGAUUCAGGACGAGGGGCUUAACAAGAGUGGGGAACUAUUCUUAACAAGACAACCUCAGUUGAAAGUGAAGGUUGUGGAUGGGAGCAGCUUAGCAGUUGCUAUCGUGCUCAACAGUAUCCCGAAAGGAACAACUCGAGUACUCCUUGCUGGCAAUCUCUCUAAAGUUGCGUAUUCGAUUGCCCUGGCCUUGUGCCAGGGUGGCAUCCAGGUAUGCACGAUGCACGAGGAUGAGUACAAGAAGUUGAAAGCAAAGCUUACAAGUGAGGCUGUGCAUAAUCUGAUGAUCUCUCCAAUCAAUCUUCCAAAGACAUGGCUAGUGGGUGACGGGCUUCGAGAGACCGACCAACUAAAGGCAUCAAAAGGAACAACAUUCAUACCCUUCUCUCAGUUCCCGCCCAAGAAAGCCCGGAAGGACUGUUUGUACAGCUGGACGCCAGCAAUGCAAGUCCCGAAGCAUCUCGAGAAUGUCGAUUCUUGUGAGAACUGGCUGCCGAGAAGAGUGAUGAGUGCAAGGCGCAUAGCUGGCAUAGUACAUGCGGCUGAAGAAUGGAACGUGCACGAGUGUGGUGAUAUGAUGUUUGAUAUACAGAAAGUGUGGCAAGCAGCUCUUGACCAGGGCUUCCGUCCCCUGACCGGAACAACUCCUUAUACGAAGCUCGAAUAAAUAGCAUUCUUGAGAUAAUUCUUGGGAUGCGUAAUCUUUAUGUCGUAUUGCCACUAAAAUGAUAGAUGUUUGGAGAAGAAACAAGAAAAGGGAACCUCUGAAAGCUUCAAUCAUGCUUGUCGUACUACAUAUAGUAUUAUACAGUACUGUGUCUUGUGUUAAGCAGCAACUUUUUACAAAGUUCUAUGUAUUUUGCUGAGCUUUUUGCCUUGACUCAGAAUAACUCUGGAUCAUAGAACUUGAAUUCUAUGUGUUAUCACUUAUCAUAUCAAGAGUAUAGACAAUAAUAUUUGAACUAUAUUAUAUAUAUAUAUAU